AUGAAGGCCAGAGCCCGGGAGGGCUGGCUCGUAGCUGGCACAGUGGGCUGCCUGGGGCCUGAGAUUUCCUCGUUCUCUGAGAUCCCUGUCACUAGCUGCUUGGAGUUCCUCUGGGACCGGCCUACUGUCCUAGUGCUGGGUAAUGAGGGCUCUGGUCUGUCCAAGGAGGUACAGGCCUCCUGCCAGCUUCUCCUUACAAUCCUGCCUGGCCGGCAGCUGCCCUCUGGACUUGACUCCUUGAAUGUCUCCGUGGCUGCAGGAAUUCUUCUUCACUCCAUUUGCAGCCAGAGGAAGGGUUUCUCUGCAGAGAAGAGAGAGCAACUUCUCUAAGACCCGCAAGGAACCUCAGCCACAUCAGCAGGGCCCAGAGUGGCUCAGCACCCAGGACUGUCCUCAGAACCAGAACAAGAGAGGCAUAAUGGGGGCUGA